AUAUUUUAUUGACAAAAAUCAUUAGUAAAUCGAUGCCUGAUCUAUUCUAUUGAUAAAUUUUAAGUGUUUAACUGUAACGGUGCCACUUGUACCUCCAAUCAUUAUCUAAGCAUGAUACAGUUAAAGACGGUUAAAGACGGCAAGGAUAAUUAGCAAUGUUGGGUAGGAAAGUAGUAGGUACAACAUGUCUGACACAACGCAACGUAAACAUACGGCAAAUCAAGAACAAAAAAACUCAUUCGAAGAAACACCAAAAUCUCAAACAGAUAUGACACCUCAUCCGAUACAAAUAGUACUAGCGAACAAAGACCAUAGUUUUUCAUUAGAUGAAGACGCUUUAUCCAGAGUAUUAAUGCAGGAUGAAAUUAAAGAUCGCUAUGUAGUCGUCGUGUCCGUAGCCGGUGCCUUUCGUAAGGGAAAAUCCUUCCUUUUAGAUUUUUUCUUAAGGUACAUGAAAUCAAAGUACAUCUUUAAACAACACUCACUAGAUUGGAUGGGACCGAUAGAUGCACCAUUAGAAGGAUUUUCGUGGAGAGGUGGUUCCGAAAGAGAUACAACCGGUAUACUAAUGUGGUCGGAGGUAUUUUUAACCGACUUGGAUUCUGGCGAAAAGGUAGCCGUAAUACUGUUGGAUACACAAGGGGCAUUCGAUAGUGAAAGCACCGUGAGAGAUUGUGCGACAGUCUUCGCACUUAGUACAAUGAUUAGUUCAGUUCAAAUUUACAACCUAUCCCAAAAUAUUCAAGAGGACGACCUGCAACAUUUGCAACUGUUUACAGAAUACGGUAGGCUAGCGCUUGCUGACACAGGAAAGUCGCCAUUUCAAAGGUUACAAUUUCUCGUGAGAGACUGGAGUUUUCCAUAUGAAGCACCGUACGGAGCAGUGGGUGGAAAGAAAAUUCUGGACCGUCGGUUGCAAGUCAGCGAAUUUCAACACCCAGAACUGCAGUCUCUUCGAAAGCAUAUCAAGAGUUGUUUUACGGAAAUUGCCUGUUUUCUAAUGCCGCAUCCAGGUCUAAAGGUUGCCACGAAUCCGGCUUUUGACGGUCGUGUCGCAGAUAUUGACAAUGAAUUUAAGAAAAAUUUGCAGAUCUUAGUUCCGAUGCUUUUAUCUCCAGAAAAUUUAGUAUUGAAAAGGAUUAAUGGCCAAAAUGUAAAAUGUCGAGAUCUAGUUCAGUAUUUUAAGUCUUACAUUCACAUAUAUAGCGGUAACGAGUUACCGGAACCCAAAUCUAUGCUGGUGGCAACUGCUGAAGCGAACAACUUAGCUGCUGUCGCAGAUGCGAAGGAAAUAUACGUUCAAUUAAUGGAAGAGGUCUGUGGAGGAAGUAAACCGUAUUUAAACACCGCCACAAUGGAAAUGGAGCAUCAUAGAGUCAAAGAUAAGGCUUUGCACCAAUUCAGCAGCAAGAGAAAAAUGGGCGGCGAGGAAUUUAGUGAAAAAUAUAAAGAACAAUUGGAGAAGGAUUUGGACGAGACGUUCAAUCAAUUUAAAUCUCACAAUGAAAGUAAGAACAUUUUCAAAGCUGCAAGAACGCCCGCCGUUUUUUUCGCUCUUGCCAUUAUAUGCUACAUUGCUUCGGGAGUAUUUGGAUUACUUGGCGCAUAUACUUUUGCAAAUCUCUUCAACCUCGUAAUGGGAGUUUCACUUUUAACCUUAGCGUUGUGGGCAUACAUAAGGUACAGUGGAGAAAUGAGAGAAAUUGGUGUACAGAUAGAUGAGCUGGCAACAUUUAUUUGGGAAAAUUUCAUGAAACCCGUAUAUCAAAACUUCAUCGAGAAAAGUAUGCAGCAGAUGGCUGUGCAAGCAGCUGAAAUGGCGGUAAAUAAUACGACUAUCACGAACGGUAAAACGAAACAGUCGUGAUAUAUGAAUUUAUCCAGACUGCAUGUACAGUUCCUUUACCUCUCCCACAAUACAAUUGCAAUGCUACCAGACGAACGUCUUUAAAUAACUUUUUAAAUUGUAUAUAAUGAGUUGCUAUUUGUGUAAAUAUUGAAAAUUAUCCGCUACUAGAAGUCUAAUUCGUAUUUGGUAGCUCUCUGAAAUCUUGUGAUAUGUUUAGCAAUGUUGGUAUUGGUUUUUAGAAUUAGUAUACAUUUACUUUUAGGAAACCUAUGUUACAGGUAUCAUAAACGAUGAUGGGAAAUUGUUAAUGAUGAAACACUGUUAUGUACAGUUUGCAAGAACCGUUUUAUUAUUAUAAAUAAAAUAUGUAUAUAAUGUUGCCAAGUGAUGGAGUUGACGGUUUUUACAAUUUAGUUACUUCACCUAGAUGAUUACAGUAAUUGGUUGCAUUGUUCACAAUGUUAAUCGAUUCUGUGCCACUUUUUAUUUUUAUAUAU